CAGAAGCGGUUUCCCGGGAGUUGCUGAGCGGUUUUGGGGGGGGGGGGUUUGUCGUUGCUCUGUCUCCCGCCUCCCUCGGCCAUGGCGGCGCACCUCAAGAAGCGGGUGUACGAGGAGUUCACCAAAGUGGUUCAGCAACAAUCCCAUGAAGAGAUUCCGGCUAAGAAACUCCGACUGACGAAACCCAGUAAAUCGGCUGCCCUCCACAUUGACUUGUGCAAAUCCACAAAUCCCACCGAAGCUCUCCAGUACCUGCUGCAGUUUGCCAAGAAGCCAGUGGAAGCAGAGAGUGUGGAGGGAGUUGUUCGCAUUCUCCUGGAUCACUACUAUAAGGAGAACGAGAGCUCAGUCAGGCUGAAGAUUGCUUCUUUGAUUGGAUUGUUGUCAAAGACACCAGGCUUUGCUGCUGACUGCAUCAUAGACGAUGUCAUCGUUGCUCUCAACAAUGAAAAGUCUCACCAUGUUCUUGCACAGUUACUGGACACUAUUCUGGUGAUUGGUCUUCAGCUUCAGGACAAUCUGCCCCUCGGCUUCCGGUUGGUUGAGAUUGGAUGUAAGCACUUAGCAGACACCUCACACAUGGUGCGGAAUAAAUGCUUGCAGCUAAUCGGUUGCCUGGGUUCUCUGGAUAAGCUGGUGACGAAGGAGCUGGAAAACCUUGCUGCCAGAGAUGUGCAGAAAAUCAUUAGCGACUCCUUCACUGACCAGGAUCCCCGUGUACGAACAGCAGCAAUGAAAGCCAUGUUGGAGUUGCAUGAGCGAGGAAUGAAGUUGCAGCAGAUCAUCUACUGUCAGGCUUGCAAAGCUUUAUCAGACGACUAUGAGCAAGUGCGCUCUGUGGCCGUGCAGCUAGUGUGGGUCCUCAGUCAGCUAUACCCUGACAGUAUAGUUCCUAUUCCAUCAUCCAAUGAGGAAAUUCGCCUCGUCGAUGAUGCAUUCGGGAAGGUUUGUCACAUGGUGAAUGACGGAUCCUGGCUAGUGAGAGUACAAGCAGCCAAGUUGUUGGGAUCCAUGCACCAAGUCAGUGUUCAGUUUCUGGAACAAACUCUUGAUAAGAAAUUGAUGUCCGAUCUGAAGAGAAAGCGGAGUGCUCAUGAGCGAGCCAAGGAGCUCUACACAUCGGGUGAGUUCUCCAGCGGCCGGAAGUGGGGCGACGAUGCCCCCAAGGAAGCGGUGGACACCUACACGGUCAACCUGAUCAACUCGGGGGCAUGUGGCGCCUUCGUUCAUGGGCUGGAGGAUGAGAUGUACGAGGUCCGUAACGCCGCCGUGGAAUCGCUCUGUCUGUUGGCUCGGGCUUCGGCGUCUUUCGCUGAGAAGUGCCUGGAUUUUCUGGUCGACAUGUUCAACGAUGAAAUUGAGGAAGUGCGACUUGGAUCAAUACAUGCUCUGCGUAAAAUAUCCUGUCACAUUCGACUGCGUGAGGAUCAGCUGGACACUGUGCUGGCAGUGCUGGAGGAUUCUUCCCGUGACAUCCGGGAAGCCUUGCACGAGCUGUUGUGUUACACAAAUGUGUCGACAAAGGAUGGGAUCCACCUGGCACUGGUAGAGCUGCUGAAGAAUCUGGCAAAAUAUCCAACUGAUCGGAAUUCUAUCUGGAAGUGUCUCAAGUACCUGGGAAGCAGGCAUCCCACCCUGGUGUUGCCGCUGGUCCCAGAGUUGCUCAGCACACACCCAUACUUCGACACGCCAGAACCAGACAUGGAUGACCCAGCGUACAUUGCUGUGCUGGUCCUGGUAUUCAAUGCUGCCAAAACCUGUCCUACCAUGUCAGCGCUCUUCUCUGAUCACACAUUCCGACAUUAUGCCUACCUGCGGGAUAGUCUCUCUCACCUGGUGCCAGCAUUACAGUUGCCGGGCAGGAAGAUGGUGUCUGUCUCAGAUUCUACAAACGUAGAGUUAAGCGAAGACUCAUCCCGACAGUUUGUGCAGCAAAGCCUUGACCGAGUUCAGAGUAUCCAACAUCUAGACACCCAGGGAGCACAGGAUCUUUUAAAGUUAACAAUUCGUGACCUACAGAGACUCGGAGAGCUGCAGCCAGAGCUGGCGGGGAUAGCAGAGUUCUCUGCCACCUACCUGGAGUGCCAGCUCCUCCUCAUGAAGUCACUUCAAGAAAAGUUGUGGAAUGUAGCUGCCCCACUCUACCUCAAACAGAAUGCCAUGGCAGCUGCUGCCGCGAAACAGAUUCUGGAACACACAUAUAAGCUGGAGUUCCUAUACAGCGGCCUGGAGAGUAGACACAUUACAAUCAUCCACCACAUGCGGCUUCAGGCGAAAGCACUACAACUCAUUCUGACCGCUCGGACAACCAGAGGGAUGGAAACCCUCAUAAACAUGUGCGAGGCGUUUCUACAGGAGAUUGAGACCUUUCCCAGGUACUUUGCGUCAGAGCUGCACUAUAUACAGGAUAGCUUCAUUGAGAAGCUGCUGGAGGUUAUGCCGAGACUGGUCGCCUGCAAGCCUGCCGAGAUGGUGAAGAUCCUUCAGACCACCCUACGGCACAGCAGCUUCCUCCUGCUCACCCUCCCAGAGCAGGUUCAGCGAGCCUCGGCGACCAUCAUUGAGCCGACAGGAGAGUCCGACAAUCCUCUGAGGUUCACCUCUGGCCUGGUGGUAGCGCUGGAUGUUGAUGCCACUUUAGAACAUGUACAGGAUCCCCAGAACACUGUCAAGGUGCAGAUCAUGUAUCCAGAUGGGCAGGCACACAUAAUCCACCCUAAACCGGCUGAUUUUCGCAAUCCUGGGCCCGGAAGACACAGAUUGAUUACACAAGUCUAUCUCUCUCACACGGCAUGGACAGAACCUUGUCAGAUUGAGGUGCAGCUGCUGCUGGCCUACAGUUCGAGUAGAAGCAGAAUGUGCAGUUUGGCUGCAGGCUCCAGAUCAGCCUGGAGUGACAGCACGGACGGUCUGCCACAGACCGACAAUAUCAUCGAGGGCACCAUUAAUCUCAGCAAACACGUCAAGGUCUACCUGAUGCCCAAACCAGCCAGGCGCUGAGGACCAGCAACGUCGGGGUACAAGAGAGAGAGGAAUAAGACUCAGCCGAGCUGGAGAAGAAGGUUAAAAGACCAGCUGAUGGGAUCUGCUCAGGGUUUGUUGCCCAGCCAUGAAUUAAAAUAUCGGAGAGUGGCAGGGAUUGAAACCUGGGAGAGCAGCUUCAUGACUCAUGCAGUCUAACUGCGAAAUGGGAAUGUCAGAACCAACUGGAAUCAGCAGACCCUGAGAGAAUUCUCAUGCUGCCUGUCAAAUUUUUUUUUUGUUCUGUGCUAUUUCAGGCACUGAACUGUUCAGGCAAAGAUGGUAAAUAUGAAUGGUACGUGACUCAGGAACUGUUACAUUCUUGUGGCUUGUCAGUCCUUCACAUGAGGAUUUGCUCAAGGUUCAGUUCUGAAUCUGCUGGCCCAGACGACCAUAGUAAUGCCUCCACCACCCUGCUCCUGUGUUUCAGAGAUUAGCACAGCCCAGGAUCGGAGACCAGAUCCUUCUGGAAGGUUGCAUGUCAGUAUUGAAUAAGUUGGGCCUCGCAAGCUAGGGUACCACAGUGCAGUCUGAGCCCCAACCCCAGAGAGAGUGUGGGGUUGGGGGGGGGAAGGGGAGGAACUCAAGCCAGGAUUCCAGCAUUUGAUCGUCAUCCAAUGACUGCCCAUUGCUGCCAGUCCCUCUGAGUUUGUGGAGAUGAGACUGAGUUUAGUCACGUUGGCUCCUAUGUAGCGUGGUCUCCCAAGUUGAGAGUUGACACUGAGAUGGCAUCUGGAUGGGUAAAUGUUUGUGAAAUCACAGCUGGGUGUAAAACAGUGCCUUAAUUUUAAACAUAGUCCAGCGUUAGGGGGCAGGAACCCCUAAUAUCACUGCAGCCACUGCUGUGUUAACUCCCGGAAUGUUGCAGACCCACUGCCCCUCACACCAGCUUAGAGUGCUGCUCCUGUGUAUAAUGUAGAUUAUCGGGACUAAGAGAUAUUUGUUGGGUGUGGUAUUGGAGCAACUGGGACUAGUAAUCCUGUUUCAGUCCUUUGUAGGAACAUGAGCUAGGCACAGGCAAUUUGUGCCAUCGAGUCUACUCCACCUUCAACAGGAAUGUGCCUCACCUGAUUGUGGCCUCAGCUAGACUUUCCUUCCUGCCUCCCAAAACCCUCGAUGGUCAAAAAUCUGUCAACUCAGCUUUGAAUAUAUUCAGUGACGCAGAUACUGCCAGAGAACAAAAUUCCAAACGUGAAGAAAGAAUACCUCCACCUUGAGUGCGAGAGCUUUUUAAGAGUGCUAGAUCUCCCCACAAGGGGAAAUAUCCUCUCAGCACCCACCUUGUAGAUCUCUCUCAGAAUCUUUAUACAUUUCAUAAUCUGCAGAAUCCUUUACUGCCCAGUAACAGUCCAUUUUGUGUUUUACCCCAUGUACACAUGUGGGCUUGAGCUUCAUUUUUCAAAACAUCAGGUUCAACUCUGACUUGUGUUUUUAAACUACUGGGUCAUGGUGCGAUCCCAAGUACCUAUAAAAAGAGGCAGAGACAUUGGCAGAUCCAGAACACAGUGCGAAGUUGGCUUCAAUGAACAAGUGUUUUAUUUUUGUGGGUGCAGUUUGUACCAAUUUUAUUUUUUAAAAAACAAAUAAAUUGCAAAUGGUUUUCACAGAAA